CACAUCUAAUAAAGUUUCUCUUUCUCUGAAUGACUUAAAACCUAAAUAAGAAGAAAAAAUAAUAUGUUUCAAAAAGAAAAAAAAAUGAAAGAAAAAUAAAAUAAAAUGAUACUGUACAAUUCUUUUUUUAUAUAUAUAUUUAUUAAGGUAAAUAGCGGCAUAAGUAUUCCAAGUUUUAUGUUUGUAAGUCGAAUAAACUCAAUAUUUAUUUUUAGCGGUAAAAGUAAUUAAUGUCUGUAAAAAUAUAAAUUUUUUUUUAAUUUUGUCAAUACAACUCAAUUAUUGUCUUAAAUAGUGCACAUAUAAGACUUAAAUUCUUGAUCAUUGAGUUUAGAUAGAAAUAUGUAGUAUUAGUUACUUCAUAAUAUUCUUUUAAUAAAUUCAAAGCAAAAAUUGAAAAAAAAAUUACAAUUUUCCAAAUAUUUAAUAUGUUAAAAAUAAAUAUUAAAUUUAUAUAGGUUACUCCCAUUUAGAAUAUUUAUUAUUAUUUAUUUGGCUGAAAGUGCUCUCAAAAUCCACACACAUUCAAUACUUUAAAUACCCCAUAUAUUUCACGUUUCUCUUUCAUGUCCACUUCACUACCGCGCCACUACUUACAACUUUAAGCUACCACUCUCCUCAUCACUCUCUCUCUCUCUCAUCCACACAAGAAAGAAACCACUAAUAUAUAUUCAUAUUAUAUAAUUUUUUUAUAUAUAAAAUAAAAUAAAUAAAUAAAAAAUCUCAAUCUUAACACAAUAACUACUAGUCUAGUAUUUUGUUUUAUCGUACGGAUUACGUUAAAAUACAAUUUACCUCGGUAUUGGAGCAAACUUUCCCAGAAAAAAAAAAAAGCAAUGAUGAACAGUCCGCAAGAAUGGCCUGAGCCAAUCGUCCGAGUCCAGUCCUUGUCGGACAGCGGUGUAUCUUCAAUCCCAGAACGAUACAUCAAGCCCCCGACAGAACGACCGUCUUUCUGCCACGUCAUCGGCUCAGAAAGGUCCGUAGUACCGGAAGCUGCAGCUGAAGCCGAAGCUGACGUGGACGCUAACAUACCCGUGAUCGACAUGAGCGGCUUAGAAAGCGAAGACAGCUUAGUCCGAGCCGAGACGAUGAGAGUAGUUUCUGAGUCGUGCCGCGAGUGGGGUUUCUUCCAAGUAGUGAACCACGGAGUUAGCCCCCAACUUAUGGACCGGGCCUUACAAAUCUGGCGUGAGUUUUUUCACUUACCGGCCCAAGAUAAACAACUCUAUGCAAACAGCCCCAAAACUUACGAAGGCUACGGAAGUCGUUUAGGGAUACAAAAAGGUGCCAUUCUCGAUUGGAGUGACUAUUAUUUUCUUCACUACCUUCCAUUGUCCUUGAAGGACCAAAAUAAAUGGCCCCACCUCCCCUCCAACUGCAGAGAAGUUAUAGAUGAAUAUGGUAAAGAAGUGGUGAAGCUAUGUGAGAGGUUGUUGAGGGUGUUAUCUUUGAAUUUGGGAUUGAAAGAAGAGUUUCUACAAAAUGCGUUUGGGGGGAAAGAGAUUGGAGCAUGUAUGAGAGUAAACUUUUACCCAAAGUGCCCGCAACCUGAGCUGACGCUAGGUUUGUCGUCACAUUCGGAUCCUGGAGGAAUGACCCUUUUGUUACCGGAGCACCAAGUUACGGGGCUCCAAGUCCGAAAAGCUAACUCUUGGAUAACAGUCAAACCUGCUCCACACGCUUUUAUUGUCAAUAUCGGUGAUCAAAUCCAGGUUUUAAGCAAUGCAAUGUACAAGAGCGUAGAGCACAGAGUAGUAGUAAAUUCAGGGAAAGAGAGGAUCUCAAUGGCCUUCUUUUACAAUCCGAAAAGUGACAUACCAAUAGAGCCAGCGAAGGAGCUUGUCACUCCAGACAGACCACCACUAUACUUGCCCAUGACUUUUGAUCAAUAUAGGCUUUUCAUUAGAACCAGAGGCCCUCAAGGAAAAUCCCAAGUCGACUCACUAAAGUCUCCCAGAUGAUGAUGGUUAUUAUUAUUAUUAUUAUUAUUAUUAUUAUUAUUAUUAUUAUUAUUAUUAUUAUUAUUAUUAUUCAGGGAACAUAAAUUUGAAUAUAUUUAUAAUUUUAUAUAUAGACCUAUUUAUUCUCUCUGUAAAUUGAUCCCAUUCCAUUAGUAUAACAUCUUGUAAUCAUGGAGGGGAUGAUAUAUUAUAUGCAUAUAUAUAUAUAUAUUAUAUGUAUGUAUGUAUAAUGUAUUUAGGUAAAGACUAAAGAACAAUGUGAAAGAGCGAGCAAAAAUAAUAUAUAUAUAUAUAUAUAUAUAUAAAUUUAUUAAUGAAUGAGUCUUGUUUGAUCGUGUGUGAACUGUUAAUUUUAAAUUAUAAUUAAUGUAAUUGGUGGGGUAGCACAUUGUAUCUAUUGGGGGUCUUUGCCCCACUUGAGUCCAUUGAUUGUGGCAACAAAGUGUAAUUCAUUAAAAAGCCAUUUUUUUCUUAUGAUACAGGCCAUUGAAGGUGACAAUAUAACAUAAUCUUAGUUAA